GUCAGGAACUCCACCCAAUGCUCUGGAAACUUCUUUUCCAUGGCUUGACAUUUUACGUUUGACCGUUUGACGUCAACGAGCGUCAAUUGCUGCCUGCCUGAUUCAGCUGUCAUGGGAAAUAAGAAAUAACUCCAAGCAAAUGUAUCUGGUGCUGAAGUGGUAAACGUGAACCAAUUUUCUGCAUUUCGAGGUGCUUAAAUUCAUUACGGGAGAAGUGAUAUAUCUUCGAGUCCUAGAACAACAGUUACAUAAUUGUAAAUUCGGAUUUAGUGCUAAAUUGUUCGACAUCAAUCAAUUCUAUAAUUCUGUAAUGGUGCUUCAUUAGUGAUAAGCGCAAGCCAAAACACACAUUGGGAGUCUGUCAAUUUUCACUUUAUUUGGUUGUAGCAGAUGAAAAUGCAUUCACUUGACGGAUGGCCUAAAACUUCCAAGCUGCUAAGUGCUCAUUUUUUUUUACAAAAGGGAUGCUGGAGUUAGUAUAGGAUUAGCUCACAAAACUGGGGCAUAAGGAUUCUUGUGGCACCAGAAUGGUGGACUACUACAAGGUCCUGGAGGUGCCUAAAAGUGCUACCACUGUUGAAAUUAAAAAAGCUUACAGAAAACUAGCUUUAAAAUGGCACCCCGACAAAAAUCCAGAGAAUAUGGACGAGGCCACGAAGAAAUUCAAAGAGCUGUCCGAAGCAUACGAAGUAUUAUCAGAUGAUAAGAAAAGAAAGAUGUACGACCAGUAUGGCAAGGAAGGAUUACUGAACGGAGGCAACCACUACAGAAGCAGCAGGCAGUCAUAUGAUGACGACUUUGAUCUCGGCUCAUUUGGUUUCUUCACCUUUAGAGAUCCAGAAGACGUUUUCAGAGAAUUCUUCGGGGCAACCGUCUUUGAUCUCCUCAGCGCAUUUUUCCCCUUAGAUCCGCUGGGAACUGGAGGACACCAUCAUCAUCACCACCACCACCACCAUCACGGAGAUAGGAGAUCACCAGCUGCAGGUCACCACCGAUCUCGUCACUACUCCCACCCAGCGAAUUCCGCUUUGUCGGCAUCCCUGUUCUCCCCGUUCGGUCUAGGCGGUUUUGGCACCGGUAGCCUGAUGGACAGCUUUUUCAACAUUGGCUCCGCCAUGGAUCCAGGCGGUCCGUUCUGUGGUCAUUUCGAGACCGCAUCUGCCAGCGGCAUGGGCCCCAGCGGGUCGCCUAAUGUCAAACGGACCUCCACGUCCACGAGAUUCGCCAACGGCAAGAAGAUCACUACUAAAAACCCUUAUAAAUAAAAAGCUAAUCCGAGAGAGGGCAAUUUCAAAAUGCGGUGGUUCUAUCCAGUUAAAAAUCAAGUUGUAUGCAAAGGUAGGAUGGUAUUUUACCUGCAAGUGUCCAUCCCUCUCUAUUUAGCUAUCUAAUACGAACCACUGACACUUUUGAUUACUCAUUUUUAGAGCAUAUUCACCUUAGCUAGAACUAGACAAAUGGAGUGGCAGUUAUCUAUUGAGGAAAAUUGUCACGUCUUUUACUCUAAAUUAAAUGCCUCCAAGAUGGUAUGUUUCGUGCCCAUUUGGAAUUUCUGCAAAUAUAACAUUUAGGUUUUUAUUCGAUGAUACAAUAACCAAAUUGCAAUUCAAGUAAAAAGAAAGAAGAAUUUGAAGAUUAAGAGAUAUAUAAAUAUUUCUUUACAUAUUUCUUUUGGUAACUGUCACUUAUCGCAGCCUCAUUUUACUCGGCUUGGAAAUAAUCCAGUUUUGAAUGUAUCACCUAAGACAAACAUUCAAACAUUUUGACACACAAUUUCUUGGCUUCAUCUUUACUGACGAGACUAAAUGAAGCAUACACCAAUUUACAAUUUAAAGUGAAUCAAUAAUUGACCAACAGAAUAGCAGUCGCGGUGCAUUAUUAUUUAUGUUUCUAUCUACUCGGCUGCAUCAGUGUAAGAAACUUACAUACAUGGCUUUUCAAUCCUUCCCCCUUUACUUUUUGAAUGGGUCAUGAUAUCAACUUGUAAUUCGGGGUGAUGGUAUUAAUGUAUUAAUACUAUAUUUUAGCCUAGAAGUAACAGUUUCAAGAUGGGGAUAGUGGCUGGACGUAUGCGUUGGAACAUUUUUUUAAAUAGAAUGAUGGGGUCAUGUGAUACCUCAUUUUGAAGGUAUUUAUCGGUACUUUAUAACCCUAGAGUAUAAAUGCAGUAUGUUUCAAAGUGGCAGACUGGCAGGCCGUCAAACUUGAGUGUUUGUGGAAAUUGGAAUUAUAACUCAACAACCAAUGAUCUAAACGGUAUAGUAUGUUAUAUAAAUAUUCUCCUUUUAGAAUGGACUAUCUGAAUGUGCAAUGAGAUAUGGAACAUUCCGUUUUAAAAAAUUGACAGAUUUUUACAUGUUUAAAAUGGAAUGUUCCAUAUCACAUAUUCGAGUAGAUCUUUCUGAAAAAAGGUUGAUAAAAUAAACAUACUAAAGCGUUUUUAUGAUGGGUUGUUGGACCACCUUGAGAUUGUCAGUUGCUAUUUUUACGCCAAGAUAUAGUAUUUAUGAAUCAGUUUCAUCAACUCGAAAUUUAGCUUGCAAACUUGACCCGGGGGAAGUGAGAGGGAACUUUUUGUAAAGCAGUUAUUACCCUAGCGUAUAACACAGUCAUUGAGAAAAAGUAGUUGUGCUGAACUUUGAAUAUCUAUGAAUAAUCUUAAGAUGUUAACUUCUUUAAUUCUAGUUAUUAGAUGCAUUCAGGGAACUACAGCACUGACGCGCUUUAUAUGAGUAGCUAAUUGACUGGGCACAGAUAUCAAGUGCUGACAUUGACAUGGACGUUCUAAUGUUAUCAGAAUAAAGGAAAAUCUAUUACCGGGGGCUAUAACAUUCCAAACUCGAUAAAGGUUAUUUCCUAGUUGAUUAGAAGUGAGGUGUUAAUCUUUUCUAGCCAUAACGUAAUAAUUGCUUAUAAUCGAAAUAACAUCUAAUAAAACAUCCUACAAUUAGACGAAUUACACUAUGAUUAACUAAUUAUUUAUCCAUCAUUUUGCCCAAAGUGCCAAUAAUGCAACAGUAUUAAGAAUAAUAAAGGCUUUUGUCGUAUUGCUCCAAAAACUGUUACUAAUAUCUAUUAGUAUUUACGCUGAGCGUGUUUAGGACAUCAACAUAUCUGCAUAUCGGCAUAGAAGGAAUUAGCGAGCUCAGUGUUCUACACAUACAGCAAACUUUGAAGUUGUUAUACUCUUGAAUAUUUUAAGUAUAUUUUGAAUUUGGGUGAUCCUCAAACGCAUUGAAUAGAACUUAACAGAAACAGAGAUUAUUAGAUCUGCUCGAUCAACAAACUUUCUCCUUAGAUGAUCCUAUACUAUGGAGCCAUAAUUCAUCAAGAAACAAACUCGGUGCAAAAUUUGUUUCGCUUUGUGUCUACAAGCUAUAAGACAAAGCAGCUUUUCAAAAACUAAAUAGCAAUAUAUUGUUAAAACAGCGCAGAUAAUUGGUAAUAUAGCUUUCGUUUGUCCGACCACAGACAGCCAACCAUAGACAGCUGUUUCGUGCCACUUGAUAACUCCUCUGCAUUGCGGAGGCUUGGUCUCGGUGGACAUCAACGAACAAAAGCUGAACAACUCUACUCUACUCAGAGUAUAAUGUUUAUCGGAAUAAGACAGCCCAAAGUGCCAUGUAUUACCAUAACCGAUCACUGUGAAAGUGAAAACAUCAAGCUGACUAUUGGGACUUUGUGCUGUCUUAUUUCGAUAGUUCAGAUGAUCUUUGGUAUAUAUAAAAUUUGUAUGUUCGUGAGAUCACAGGUGUUUUAUGUAUGCUAAAGUAACAGACGUUAUGUUUGUUCUGGAAUAAACGAUAGUUGCUCAGCUUCCGUUCUUUAUUCUACCUGAGGCCAAGCCUAAACCAUGCUGCUGAGUUGCCAAAGAUUAAGAAAAAGCUGUCUGCAGUCGGACGAACAAAAGCUAUGUUACUAGCUUCAAAACUGUUAGAAUUUUCAAAAAAAAAAUUCGUACUGGAAAACAAUGUUUGAUAUAUGUCUGAAUCUGCUAGCCCCAAGCGCGCUCAGUGAUAUGAGCACUUGUUUUUUAUACUGAAGCACCUCUAUCAAUAAUUAUGCAAGAUGUGUACGUAGAUUUUAAAUCCAAAAUUACCAAUAUAAUCAUACUGCAGCACUGUGAUAUUUAGAUGCUGUCAGAUUCUGGCCAUAGUACAGUCACUAUUGAAAAUUAAUAAUACUCCAAAUAAUACUGCUUUCAUCUGUCCUACUAGUCGUAUACGUUUCUACUUAUUGGCUUAGGUAGGACAAUGGACAAAAGCAGAUCAGAAUAACCAAUAUCAUAGUCAAUAAGAGGUAUGAUGCCGCUAGUGCCAUCUGUUAUCAAAACCUACCACUGAAUUGGAACUGUAAAGGAAUUUCAGUUCACAGUCAGGUCAUCACUACAGCCGCUAGAUACUGUAGAACUCCGGUGAUAGUAUAUCAGGGAUAUGUGCUCGGCAUUGAUUUCAUACUUCAGAGAUAGAUGUUAUCUUGCUCUGCUUUGAUUGGUUGUCCCUUGAAGACCGUGCUGAUAUUACUAGAAAGAAUGAAACAGCGCUGUACAGACUUGGUUCGACGGAAUACGGCAAUAUUAUUACGCUCCAGUAUAAGUUGCAGUUUUUUUAUGGUGCUUAUCAGUUACCUGCACAGAUUAAUUUUGACUUCAUUGAAUUCUUGGCACUUUUGGUACAUUUCAAAGUAAAAUGCAUUUCAUUUAUAGCAAUUUGCUAUUUUUUCUUUGCAGAAUCUACGAGAAUGGUCGAGAGACCGUCCUUUCGUACGAGAAUGACAUCCUUAAGUCCAAGACUGUGAAUGGCGUUUCUCAGAGUCUAAC